ACGUCACUCAGUUUAGUUCCCGGUUGGUGAUAUAUUGAUACACUACAGACAACUCUUAGGUAGCUACUAGAGUGUUCGAGAAUGAGCCAGGAGCAGCCGAGGAGGCCGUCUGGCCAGCAGGCGGCCGGCGGCGGCGGCGAGCAGGGCGCCGUCCGCUACGGCGACGUCUUUCCGGCGGUGAGCGGCGGCCUCGCGGAGAAGCCCGUCGCGCCGCAAGACGCGGCCACGAUGCAGUCGGCGGAAAACCUCGUGUUCGGCCAGACGCUCAGGGGCGGGCCCGCCGCUGCCAUGCAGUCCGCGGCCACCACCAACGAGCGGAUGGGCGUCGUCGGGCACGACCAGGCCACGGACGCCACCGCCGUGCAGGGCGUCACCGUCGCCGAGACCCGCGUCCCCGGCGGACGCAUCGUCACCGAGUUCGUCGCCGGCCAGGCUGUUGGCCAGUACCUCGCGCGGGAUGAUGAUGCCACAGCUGGUGGCGGCGCCGGCGCCGGCGCCGGAGCGGGAGGUGCAGCGCGAGGAGGCAGCGCCGCUGCUGGCGUGGUCGAUAACACGAAGGUGACGAUCGGCGAGGCGCUGGAGGCGACGGCCCUCGCCGCGGGCGACGAGCCGGUGGAGCGCAGCGACGCGGCCGCCAUCCAGGCGGCGGAAGCAAGGGCCACCGGGCUGGACGCGAAUGUCCCCGGCGGCCUGGCCGCGCAGGCGCAGUCGGCCGCCGCGGCCAACGCGUGGGCGGCGCGCGACGAGGACAAGACAACGCUCGGCGAUGUCCUCGCGAACGCGACGGCGAAGCUGGUGGCGGACAAGCCGGUGGAGAGCGCCGACGCGCUGAGGGUGGCCGGCGCGGAGAACCGCAACAAGGGCGACGGGACGGCGAGGCCCGGGGGCGUGGCCGCGUCCAUGGCCGCGGCCGCGCGGCUCAACCGUGACGAGGCGGUCUGGGAUCAGUGAGGCGCGCGUCGUACUGCAGCCCUGAGGACGUGUCCAGGAAGACAAGCCCAGUCGAAUGGAGAGUCUCUUUUGUUCGCCCUGUGCUCAGCUCGCUCCACGCGCAGCUGAAAGUUUUUUUUUGUUUGUUUCUUGUAUCCCGUGUCGUGUGUGCGUCUCUCGAAAGGAGCUUGCCUGGACAUAAGCCUAGUCCUGGUGUCGUGCGAUGCAAGAUACGCGUCAAUGCAAGACCAAUGUAAUAUAA